GAAUUCACAAUCUUGCUAGAUAGCUGGGUUAUUGUGUUGCUUAGAACCAUUUCAGUCAACUCAAGGCAGCUGGCCAUCAAGAUCGUUCCUGACUAUCAACGCUCAUCCCGCCUCCCAGCUUUCAACUGUUCAAACAUCGAAGUCAGAGAGGCCUCGCCGUACGCGAGAUACACCCACCAAAUUCAUAUCCACGAGCCAAGAUGACCUCGCAAAGCCAGGAAAUACUCGACGCAUGCACCUCUGGGGACGUUGCAGCCUUGCAAAGACGAUUCGAGGCAAACAACAUACAGAACUCAGACCCAGUGUACGGGAAUUCUGCCUCCGGCCCACCGCCUGUCAACUCCAUGCUCGUUGCAGCAAUCACGCACGGUCACGUCAAUGUAGUAUCUCUCGUCUUGCGAACUUACUCCGGGCGCAAAGUGCAGUUCACCAGCGAGACAAUCGAAGCGCUGCUACACCAUCCUAACCUCGACAUCCUCCAGAUACUCUAUGGCUAUGAUCCUUACGUUGUCUCUUUUGAGUGGGACGGCCAUACCGACACCUUCGUCACCAAGGCAUGCGAACAGCCACCCGAGAAGAUCACACCUUUACUCCUCUGGCUGAUUGAACACGAUGCCGAUCUCGAGGGAGGUCACUUUCCCCGAACACUUUGCAAUGCAAUCUUUGGAAGCCAGACAAUCGGUGUAAUCGAGGCCAUGGUGAAUAAGGGCGCUAGGAUGUCAACGCUGGCAAUGCGGCAGGCGGUAGUGUGCGAGCGAAUUGAUGUCAUCAAAUUCUUCGUGGGCAGGGGGAUGAAGGUGGACGCCGAAGAUGCUGCAUAUCUUCGGAGCGAGGCUGAGCAGACUGGGAACGAGGAGGUGGUUGAGACAGUGAAGAAGUGGACAAGCGACAAGAGCUGUGUAGUUAGCUAGUAGGCCAAAAAUGGUUCGCACAAACUCAGUCAUUAUUAGCACUAAAGGGGGCCAAAUCGGGCUGCAUCGUCAGUGUCUGGGCUAUAAUAAUCUACUAAGAACAAAUAAGGGUGCUAUGGAGGCAGAAAGACCCCGAACUGAAAGAGGAAGAGAAAGUGGAG